UAUUUUACAUUUACGGUAUUUUCUGCAUCUAAAAGCCAUAAUUCCCAUAAAGGGCUCCCUCCUCCCCAACUUUUGCUGAAAAUUGAAUUCCAGAGUCACUCGCUGUCAAGAACCUCCCAUCGUUGAAGACAUGGCGAACAUUGCUUUAACUGCGAUACUGGAAAAGAUGACUGGCAAAGAUAAGGAUUACCGCUAUAUGGCGACUUCUGAUUUGUUGAAUGAAUUGAGCAAGGAGGGAUUUAAGGUUGAUUCUGAUUUGGAGAUAAAGUUGGCAAAUACCAUUCUACAGCAACUUGAUGAUUCAGCUGGGGAUGUUUCUGGAUUAGCUGUGAAGUGUCUUUCUCCAUUAGUGAAGAAGGUCAAUGAGACAAGGGUACUGGAUAUGACAAACAAACUUUGUGAAAAGCUCCUGAAUGUGAAAGAACAACACAGAGAUGUUGCAAGCAUUGCUUUGAAGACAAUUGUUUCUGAAGUCAACAAUUCAUCAGCUGUACAAGCUCUACUUGAUUCUCUUGUACCUCAAUUGAUAAGAGGAAUAACCAGCAGCGGAUCAAGUACGGAGGUCAAAUGUGAGUGUCUUGAUAUCUUGUGCGAUGUUCUUCAUAGAUAUGGGAAUCUUGUGGUUGCUUACCAUGAGGAGCUGUUGCGUGCACUGCUAUCUCAGUUGAAUUUCACGCAAGCCACUAUUAGAAAGAAGACAAUUUCUUGCAUAGCAUCACUUGCUUCUAGCUUGUCUGAUGAUUUUUUGACAAAGGCUACAGUUGAAGUUGUUGGACUUCUGAAACGCAAGGCUGCAAAGCCUGAAAUGACAAGGACAAAUAUUCAAAUGAUUGGAGCUCUGAGUCGUGCUGUUGGAUAUCGUUUUGGGCUUCAUCUCCAAGACACUGUACCUCUGCUAAUCAGUUACUGCAAAAAUGCAUCCGAGAAUGAUGAAGAACUCCGGGAGUAUAGUUUGCAGGCUCUUGAGAGUUUUCUACUCAGAUGUCCAAGAGAUAUUUCUGCCUAUUGUGACGAAAUUCUUCACCUCACUUUAGAAUUUCUUAGUUAUGAUCCUAAUUUCACUGAUAACAUGGAGGAAGAUACUGAUGACGAAAAUAAUGAGGAAGAUGAAGAUGGUGAAAGUGCCAAUGAAUAUACAGACGACGAAGAUGCUAGCUGGAAAGUGAGAAGAGCUGCAGCAAAAUGUCUAGCUGGACUUAUUGUAUCCCGGCCUGAGAUGCUCACAAAUCUGUAUGAAGAGGCUUGUCCAAAGCUUAUUGAUAGGUUUAAAGAAAGAGAAGAAAAUGUUAAGAUGGAUGUAUUUAACACAUUCAUUGAGCUCUUGAGGCAGACUGGAAAUGUUACCGGAGGGCAGAUGGAUACAGACGAGAUGAGUCCAAGGUGGUUACUAAAGCAAGAAGUACCAAAAAUAGUGAAAUCUAUAAAUAGGCUGCUGCGUGACAAGUCUAUCAAAACUAAGGUUGGUGCCUUUUCUGUGUUAAAAGAACUCGUCGUUGUUCUGCCAGACAGCUUAGCUGACCAAAUUGGAUCUCUAAUUCCAGGAAUAGAGAAGGCAUUACUUGACAACUCAUCUACAUCAAAUUUGAAAAUUGAAGCUCUUGUUUUUACAAGAUUAGUUUUGGCUUCACAUUCACCUGUUGUCUUCCAUCCGCAUAUUAAGGCUCUUUCUGGUCCUGUAAUAUCCGCUGUUGGUGAGCGGUACUACAAGGUCACUGCUGAGGCAUUGAGAGUUUGCGGAGAACUUGUUCGAGUUCUGCGUCCAUGUAUUGAGGUUUCUGGAUUUCACUUUAAGCCAUUUGUUCGUCCUAUAUAUAAUGCUAUCAUGACACGCUUAACGAAUCAAGAUCAAGAUCAGGAGGUUAAGGAGUGUGCUAUCACCUGCACGGGACUUGUUAUUUCAACAUUUGGUGACUAUCUUACUGGAGAAGUACCAGCUUGUCUUCCUGUGCUUGUUGAUCGAAUGGGAAAUGAGAUUACAAGGCUUACUGCAGUUAAGGCAUUUGCGGUCAUUGCUGCUUCUCCACUUCGUAUCAAUGUGUCAUGUGUCUUGGAGAACGUUAUUGCCGAGUUAACAGCAUUUUUACGGAAGGCUAAUAGAGCGCUCAGACAGGCAACUCUGGGGACACUGAAUUCUUUAAUAGUUGCAUAUGGCGACAAUAUAACUUCAUCAGCUUACGAAGUCAUUAUUGUAGAAUUAUCAACUCUCAUCAGUGACUCCGACUUGCAUAUGACUGCCCUUGCUCUGGAGCUGUGCUGCACCUUAAUGACCGAUAGAAGGUCAAGCCCAAAUGUUGGCUUGACUGUGAGAGACAAAGUUCUUCCUCAGGCAUUAACAUUAGUCAGGAGCUCUUUGCUCCAGGGGCAAGCGCUUACGGCAUUGCAGAACUUUUUUGCUGGGUUGGUCUAUUCUGCAAAUACAAGUUUUGAAACUUUGCUGGACUCUCUGCUUUCAAGUGCUAAACCAUCUCCUCAGUCUGGUGGUGUUGCUAAACAAGCAAUGUUUUCAAUUGCUCAGUGUGUGGCUGUUCUUUGCCUUGCUGCGGGUGAUGACAAAUGCUCAUCCACAGUAGACAUGCUGACAGAUAUUCUCAAGGGCGACAGCACAAUCAAUUCGGCAAAGCAACACUUAGCCCUGCUCAGUUUAGGAGAGAUAGGAAGAAGAAAAGACCUGAGCUCACAUGCUCAUAUUGAGAAUAUUGUUAUCGAGUCUUUCCAAUCUCCUUUUGAAGAGAUAAAAUCUGCUGCCUCCUAUGCCCUUGGAAACAUUGCUGUUGGGAAUCUGUCAAAGUAUUUGCCUUUUAUUCUGGACCAGAUUGAUCAUCAGCAAAAGAAACAGUAUCUGUUGCUUCAUUCCUUGAAAGAGGUUAUUGUUAGACAAUCAACGGACAAAGCUGAGUUCCAGGCCUCUAGUGUUGACAAGAUUCUGAACCUAUUGUUUAAUCACUGUGAAAGUGAGGAGGAAGGAGUACGGAACGUAGUUGCUGAAUGUCUUGGUAAAGUUGCUCUCAUCGAGCCCACAAAACUUGUCCCUGCACUAAAGAUGAGAAUUACGAGUCCUGCUGGAUUCACUAGGGCUACUGCCAUCAUUGCCAUUAAAUAUUCUCUGGUGGAGAGGCCUGAAAAAAUAGAUGAGAUACUGCAUCCUGAGAUCCCAUCAUUUCUGAUGCUGAUUCAAGAUCAGGAUCGGCAUGUUAGACGUGCAGCUGUCUUGGCUCUGAGUACUGCUGCACAUAAUAAGCCAAAUCUCAUCAAGGGGCUUUUGCCGGAAUUGCUGCCUCUUCUGUAUGAUCAGACUGUGGUUAAGCAAGAGUUGAUACGGACAGUUGAUCUGGGUCCUUUUAAGCAUGUCAUAGAUGAUGGUCUUGAACUCAGAAAAGCAGCUUUCGAAUGUGUUGACACUUUGUUGGACCAUUGCCUUGAUCAAGUCAAUCCGGCAUCCUUCGUUAUCCCCUAUCUAAAGUCUGGUCUGGAUGAUCAUUAUGAUGUUAAAAUGCCGUGCCACCUUAUCCUUUCUAAACUGGCAGACAAGUGCCCGUCUCCUGUUUUGGCAGUCUUGGAUUCCCUGGUGGACCCUCUUCAGAAGACAAUUAAUUUCAAGCCAAAACAAGACGCUGUCAAGCAAGAAGUUGAUCGUAAUGAGGACAUGAUAAGAAGUGCUCUUAGAGCGAUUGCAUCUUUGAAUCGAAUUAGUGGUGGAGAUUGUAGCAUCAGGUUCAAGAACCUCAUGAAUGAAAUAGCGAAAUCUCCUGCACUAUGCGAAAAAUAUCAUUCCAUCCGCAAUGAGUGACGGACUGUGUAGUAUUUUGGCCACAUACAAUCGAGAUGCAUGUUAAAACACUCAACAUGAUGGUGCUGCACUAAACUUGCUGUUAAAGAGGGCAAGAGGUGUGAUGCAACUGAGAACACAUGAUAUUUUGGUGACAAUAUGCGAAUUAAUUUUGAAGAAUCACAAAGCUAACUGCCAUAUUUUGUACAGACAGGCAUAGUCCUUGGAGACUUUGUUGAUAGUUUGUUGAUGUAGGGUUAUUGUUUUUAUGAAUUGCAUUGGACGCCAUAUACAUUUUCUGUCCGUUUGCAUAUAUAGAGCAUUAUUCAAUCUAGUGCUAUUAGUUUUCCUAUUUGUAUUCUGCGUACCUUGUUCAUGAGAUAAAUUAUAUAUCUUUGAUUAUGUUGUAACAGCGGUUGAAAUCUUUUGUCUUCUUCUGAAGUCACAUCUUAAGUAGGGCUUUUGUUUUUUGA